AAGAGUUACAGUGAAAGUGGGCCUUUAACUCGGCACAUGAGAAUUCACACAGGUGAGAAGCCUUUCUCUUGUGGGUCGUGUGGAAAACGUUUCCGUCAAAAAUGUCAUUUAAAUGUUCACAUGAGAAUUCACACAGGUGAGAAGCCCUUCUCAUGUGAGACCUGUGGAAAGACUUACAGUGAACGAGCGACUUUAACUUAUCACAUGAGAAUUCACACAGGUGAGAAGCCUUUCUCUUGUGGAUCCUGUGGAAAGAGUUUCUCUCGAAAGGACUCUCUAAAUGUCCACAUGAUAACUCACACAGAUGAGAAGCCUUUCUCUUGUGGGUCUUGUGGAAGAGGUUUCUCCCUAAAAACUAAUUUAAAUGUUCACAUGAGAAUUCACACAGGUGAGAAGCCUUUCUAUUGUGGGUCUUGUGGAAGAAGUUUCUCUUGCAAAGAUUAUUUAAAUGUUCAUAUGAAAAUUCACAAUGGUGAGAGGCCUUUCUCUUGUGGAUCCUGUGGAAAGAGUUUCUCUCGAAAGGACUCUCUAAAUGUCCACAUGAUAACUCACACAGAUGAGAAGCCUUUCUCUUGUGGGUCUUGUGGAAGAGGUUUCUCCCUAAAAACUCAUUUAAAUGCUCAUAUGAAAGUUCACACAGGCGAGAAGCCCUUCUCAUGUGAGACCUGUGGAAAGAGUUACAGUGAACGAGGGACUUUAACUAAACACAUGAGAAUUCACACAGGUGAGAAGCCUUUCUCUUGUGGGACUUGUGGAAAAAGUUUCUCACAAAAAGGACAUUUAUCUUAUCACCUGAGAAUUCACACAGGUGAGAAGCCUUUCUCUUGUGGGAUCUGUGGAAAAAGAUUCUCUCUGAAAGGCCAUGUAAAUGCUCAUAUGAAACUUCACACAGGCGAGAAGCCCUUCUCAUGUGAGACCUGUGGAAAGAGUUACAGUGAACGAGGGACUUUAACUAAACACAUGAGAAUUCACACAGGUGAGAAGCCUUUCUCUUGUGGGAUCUGUGGAAAAAGUUUCUCUCGGAAAGGCCAUGUAAAUGCUCAUAUGAAACUUCACACAGGCGAGAAGCCCUUCUCAUGUGAGACCUGUGGAAAGAGUUACAGUGAACGAGGGACUUUAACUAAACACAUGAGAAUUCACACAGGUGAGAAGCCUUUCUCUUGUGGGACUUGUGGAAAAAGUUUCUCACAAAAAGGACAUUUAUCUUAUCACCUGAGAAUUCACACAGGUGAGAAGCCUUUCUCUUGUGGGAUCUGUGGAAAAAGAUUCUCUCUGAAAGGCCAUGUAAAUGCUCAUAUGAAACUUCACACAGGCGAGAAGCCCUUCUCAUGUGAGACCUGUGGAAAGAGUUACAGUGAACGAGGGACUUUAACUAAACACAUGAGAAUUCACACAGGUGAGAAGCCUUUCUCUUGUGGGAUCUGUGGAAAAAGUUUCUCUCGGAAAGGCCAUGUAAAUGCUCAUAUGAAACUUCACACAGGCGAGAAGCCCUUCUCAUGUGAGACCUGUGGAAAGAGUUACAGUGAACGAGGGACUUUAACUCGACACAUGAGCAUUCACACAGGUGAGAAACCUUUCUCUUGUGGGAGCUGUGGAAAAAGUUACAGUAGCACAAGUUAUUUAUCUCGUCACAUGAAGACUCACUCUGAUGAGAAGCCAUAGGUCCAAAACAGAUCCGAUCCAAUUUGGCAUCUAAUCUUAUGGAAAAUCUGGUCAGAUGAUGUAAACAGCAAGUUGAACAUAUUAAAGUCAACAGAUUCUUGCAGGCUGCUAGUGAUUCACUGUGAUUGUGUCUUUCACUGUCUGACCAAGAUAAACCUGAGGUCUACUUUUGCCUAGCAGCUUGUUUUCCUUAAUCCAGUUUUUUGUUUUAAUUCUCAGUCGUAUUUGUACUUAAGAUCCCCAUCAGUAUCCCAUUAGAUACUGAAGUUAAAGAGGGGAACACAUUCAGACUGGAUUAAUUUCUGUGCAUUUCAGUUUUCAUGGAGUUCUGUACCAUGUAGAAUAAUUGAGUUUAGCUUUUAUUUGAAGUUUCUGUGUAUGACUGGAUGUAAAAUACUUUAGAAAUGAAAGCAGUGAAAUGUUCUUGUUUUUCCAUAAAUAAAACUCUAUAAUGUUUAUUUGAAAAAAAUCUCUAAAAUAAUUUUGAUCUGGUCAGAUUUUGAUUUAGAGCUAACCACACAGUGGUUUUUAUGUUCCCAAAUUUUUGUCAUUGUUACACUUUGCUAUGAGAAGCAAAGUAUAUUAUUAAAAAGGUUUGUUAAAAUAUACACUAGUAUUUUGAGCAGAAUAUGCUUUUUAAUAACUGUUGAUUUGAAUAAAUAUUGAUGGAUUAUUCAGUGAUUGUCAUCGUCA